ACCCUAAAGAGAUGAACUAAAUUUAAGAAAUAAUAUUUAAUUUAAGACAAUAUCAGCCUAAACUAUAUAUCAAACAAAAAUAUUUAUAGUCUACAUGUAAAUUCAAAAUAAACUGAAACUGAAACUAUUCACACCAACUGAAACUGCCUAAAUUGUGGAAAAUGCCUAACAAGACCUGUACGUCUUCUUUAUGAUCAUGCACAAAAAAUGAGUUCCACAAUUCUUGUCAUGCUAAAACUCUCAAAACAGAAUUGAAUAUGCAUUGCAAAUUUGUAAUGCAUAAAUAAAAUAAACAAGACAUUAAGAAGUAAUGUAUGUUGUUUAUGAUUAUAAAUAUCAAGCUAUGCUAAUGCUAUCAUUUAACAUAUCCACUAAAAAGUAAGAACUAACCAUGAGGACAACUAUAACAUUAAGCAUUGUUAUACUCAAUCUUGUUGUGUGCAAUCUAUGGAUAACUGCAAGUGCAUUUCCUGCAAUGCAGACAAAAACUUCAACUGACCCGAAAGUCAUGAAGAAGAGGUAUGAAACUUGGCUAAAACGACACGGACGACAUUAUGGAAACAGAGAAGAAUGGGAAGUUCGUUUCGACAUUUACCAGUCAAAUGUUCAGUUUAUAGAGUUUCACAACUCUCAAAACCACACUUACAAGCUAACAGACAACAAGUUUGCAGAUCGUACAAAUGAAGAGUUCAAAAGCAGCUAUUUGGGUUUUCUGCCUCGGUUGCGUGCACAGACAAAUUUCACAUAUCAUAAACAUGGAGUUCUGCCAAAAAGCGUUGACUGGAGGAAGAAAAGUGUUGUUACACAUGUCAAAGAUCAAGGCCGUUGUGGAAGUUGUUGGGCAUUCUCAGCCGUGGCAGCUGUGGAAGGCAUCCACAAGAUAAAAACAGGAAAGUUAGUUUCUCUAUCAGAACAACAGCUGAUAGAUUGUGAUACUAAAAGAGGGAAUAAAGGAUGUGAAGGUGGCGACAUGUAUAUAGCAUUCAACUACAUCAAAAAGCAUGGAGGGCUAGCUACUGCUAAAGAAUAUCCUUUAACAGGAACAAGUGGUACCUGUAACAAAGCAAAAGUUAAAAGCAAUGCGGUAACUAUAAGCGGCUAUGAAAAAGUACCUGCUCGCAAUGAGAAAAUGCUAAAAGCUGCAGUUGCUCAUCAGCCUGUCUCCGUUGCAACUGAUGCUGGAAGUUUUGCAUUUCAAUUUUAUUCAAAAGGUGUCUUUUCUGGAAGUUGUGGAAAGGACCUCAAUCAUGCCAUGACUAUAGUUGGGUAUGGAGAAGAAAAUGGUGAAAAGUAUUGGCUUGUGAAGAAUUCAUGGGCAAAUGACUGGGGUGAAUCAGGUUAUGUUAAGAUGAAGCGUGAUAUUAAGGAUAAAGAGGGCACUUGUGGCAUUGCCAUGGAUCCUACCUACCCUGUCAAACAUUAA